AUGUUUGUAGCUCGGCUACCUGCUGAUGACUCUGGCCCAGAGCUAAAAAGACCCAAAGUGUAUCCUCAUCUGGUCUUAGGUUUCUCCGAGGAAGACAAAAUUGGAACCAUCCAACCCCACGACGAUGCGUUGGUAAUUACUUCUCGGAUUGGGGGUUACGACGUGAAAAGGGUAAUGGUAGAUGGUGAUGGUGAUAGUGGAGCCGAGAUCAUGUACCUCGAUCUCUAUAAGGGGCUAAAGCUGAGACCAGAAGAUUUGACGCCCUAUAGCUCCCCUUUGAUGAGUUUUGAUGGGAAGAUUGUCAUGCCAAAGGGCCAGAUUAGACUACCUGUGCAAACCGGCCCGGAGAUAGUGGAGGUUGACUUCAUUAUGGUGGAUACUUACUCCCCUUACACUGCCAUCGUGGCUAAACCUUGGCUUCAUACCCUAGGAGUCGUUGCCUCCACCUUGCAUUAG